AAAGAGUGCCGUUCGGGCACACUUGGAGACUGCAACUGUAUGAUUUGCAGCAUGUAGGACACACCUGUCACACUACUUCUUCUUCUUCUUCACUAGCGUGAAGUGAAUGCAAGUGAAGCAAUUCAAAGCAGGCAGAAAUGGCUUCCUUCUCAUCUCUCUCGAAUCCCAUUCCAAAAAAUCCCACUUUUUGCGUUUUGUUUCCCAGCAAUCUUGCACCGCCACGAUUUUCAGUCGGCAAUCCUACAUCUACCUCUGCCUCAUCCACCUUCAUUCCAUCAUCCGCUUCCCUUCACUCAAAUCAGAUCCAAACUUCUCCAGGAAUUAUUGAAAAGGCACAAACUUCUCAAUCAUCUGCAGACGUCACACUUCUGUCCUGCAAUGAGGCCAUUGAGAGGCUAAGAGCAAGUAGGGAGAGUUACCCAAAGAAGGAGCAAUAUCUGGCAAUGUACUCUAGCAUUUUCGGAGGAAUAGUAACUGAUACAGCUGCCAUGGUCAUUCCCAUGGACGACCACAUGGUGCAUAGAGGACAUGGUGUUUUUGAUACUGCUGCCAUUAUGGAUGGGCAUCUUUACGAGCUGGAUGAACACAUUGAGCGGUUGCUGAGAUCUGCAGCCAUGGCCAAAAUAAAACCUCCCUUUGAUAAAGAAUGCAUCAGGAGAAUACUCAUCCAGACAGUAAGUGCUUCCAAGUGCAGAAAAGGUUCACUAAGGUAUUGGCUUUCCCCAGGACCAGGCGAUUUUCAAGUAUCACCAUCAGGUUGCCACCAAUCAGCUCUGUAUGCCAUUGUAACACAAAACCAAUCACCACCAAAUUAUGAGGGUGUUAAAGUAAUAACAUCAUCCAUCCCAAUAAAACCUCCACAGUUUGCUGUGAUGAAGAGUGUGAACUAUCUUCCUAAUGCGCUUUUGAAGAUGCAAGGAGAAGAGAAGGGUGCAUUUACCGGGAUAUGGUUGGAUGGAGAUGGGUUCAUUGCUGAGGGACCGACAAUGAAUGUCGCUUUUGUGACAAAGGAAAAUGAGCUUUUGAUGCCUGACUUUGAGAACAUUCUCAGCGGGCUUACCGCUAAACGGGCUUUAGUACAUGCUCAAGCGUUGGUAAAAGACGGUAAAUUACGCUCCAUCAGACUAAGUAAUGUGUCUGUUGAUGAGGGAAAGAGUGCAAGGGAGAUGAUGUUAAUUGGCAGUGGUGUUAUAGUCCAUCCAGUGGUGCAGUGGGAUGACCAGAUCAUAGGUGAUGGUAAAGAAGGUCUGGUAACUCGAGCUUUACGAAAUCUCAUUGUGGAGGACAUGAAGUCAGGUCCGGCCACCAUCCGAGUUCCUGUUCCAUACUAAACAGUUUCGUCCGAGAUUACCUUUAUCGCUGCAGGGAUAACCCUAUAUCAUGAUCUCAGUUUUCAAACUUUUUAAAACAAACCAAAUUGUAAAAGUGGAACAUAUGUAUUGGAAAGUUUUUAACACUCAUGCUGGCAUUGCUGGGCAGUUUGAAGUUUGCCAAGUCCAAUUAAAAAUAUGCAAUGCCUGGUUGGUGUCAAAAUUUCUGUCCUAGAGAAAGAGCCAAACUUAAAUAUUUCUUUGUACAAAAAAUAAUCAUGUAAGAAUGAAUAAGAGAAUUUAAUUUUAUCUUAAUAUCUUAAUUUGCCGUAAUGUUGAGUGCUG